UUUUAAAUGGAGAAAUAAAAUGGUUUUUUUCAGGGCCUGUAAUGGGCGGGUAAAUCUAUUGCCUGCAAGGAAAACUGGGCGCGCGAUCCUGUUGCUGUCCGUCGGCAUUAAAAGUGUCGGCCCAGACAAAAAUUCUGAAAACUAUUAUCUGUUAAGAAAUGUUACAGCUUUCAUUUGGUACAUGGCUGAUAUUUGGCCAAUACUUGGUAUGAGUCCAGGAGUUGUUAUAAUAUAAUACCAUUUUUUGAAAUAUAUAUCAUAUUUGACUUUUAAAUAAUUUUAACAUUGCGUAUAAAAAUUCACUUUUUUUUAAUAUUAUUAACUAGCCUUACGUUUUGCCUUUAUGACUUCGUAGUUGUAUUUUGGCUUACAUUUUGUCUAUUUUAUGUUUGGGUAAAUGUUUUUGAAACGCGAAAACUGUCAUGGCCGAAAUGUAUGUGUGCGUCUGUUGCUGUUGCUGUCCAAAUGCAUAAUUUUGACUCCGGUGCUUUUAACAUGUUGGUGAUUUGACAUUGACUUGUAUGCGAAUGAGGAUAUCGUAUCAUUUGUGUGGUAAAUGUUUUUGAAAUUCAAGAUAAGGAUUUAGAACCUUCAGCUUAGAAUAUUGAAUGUAGUUAUUUACUUUUGAAGAUCUGCUGAUGCAACAAGUGGAUAAAGCAUGGAUACAUCAGAGAGGAACUUGGAUGGCUUAAUGCUUGCAUUUUCGGCUUCAGAAGUCCUUGGAGCUCUUGCAGUAACUAUGGUAACUGUGUGGGUUGGCCAUUACCGUGGAGGUUUUGCUUGGUCGUCAGACCCUGGUAUAGAGUUCAACUGGCACCCAGUUCUUAUGACAACUGCAAUGAUAUUUCUGUAUGGAAACUCUAUUAUGGUGUACAGAGCAUUCCGUAACAGCAGAAAACGUCGUCUGAAACUGAUUCACAUGGCUCUACAUCUUGUGGCAUUUAUAUUAACAGUGGUUGCUUUGCAAGCUGCCUUUGAUUCACACAACCUGAAAACACCUCCAACGCCAAACCUUUACACCUUACACAGUUGGCUUGGAUUAAUGGCUGUCAUCAUGUAUGCUGCUCAGUGGGUGUCUGGAUUUAUUGCCUUCUUGUUCCCUGGCAUUCAGACAAAUUUACGAGCUUCAUUACUGCCAAUCCAUACAUUUUUUGGACUUAUGGGAUUUGUAUGCGCUGUAGCAGCAGCGCUUAUGGGUUUGACUGAAAAAGCCAACUUUGCUGUGGUUAAUUAUCAAGAUUUGCCUGCAGAAGGGAUUUUUAUCAACUGCAUAGGCGUAGUAAUGGUUGGAUUCGCUACUUUGGUCAUGUACAUUGUGACAGAGCAGCGUUUCAAACGUUUACCACGACCUGAAGAUGAAAUAUUGCUGACAGGCGGCUCUGAAUAGUUUUGAUUCUGCCAACUGUAAAAAUUAUGUUAAUUAUUAUGAAAUAUAUUUACUGCCUUGAUAUUUUUAAAGGUAAAGAUACACAAUUAUAUUAUAUUGUAAGUUAUACAUGCAUAUUUAAUGUUCUGGUGAGAUAUUAUGUAUAAUAUUUAAAAUAUUCAUUUAGACAUGAAAUGCAGCAUUCUAGGAUGCUUAUUUUUAGUGGAAGUACUCUAUAAUUGUGCUUCAUUGAAUGUUGUAAUGUUUAAAUGGUAAUUAUUGUAUAUUGUAUGUAAUUUCAGAUGUAGAGAUGAUAGUUUCAUUUGACGUAAUGUUUACGGAUUGAAAUCCUUAUGAACAAUAAAGUGACGUCCCAUUUCUUAAUUCUGAUGAUAAUAUUAAGCUAUUUUGUUGCAAUAAAUUUGUUUUGCCUUAUUGAAGUUAGAAGAUAGGUACUGGGUAAUUUAUUCUCCACUUUCAUUUUGGCUAAAAUGAAAUUUUUUUGUGCAUUUGUAUUUUCAUAGAAUUAACAUAAUCUUUGCUGUGUAUGUAAAAACCAAUUAUUUUUAAAAGAAAGUUAAUUUUUAUGUUGUAGUUACAUUUUUGAAAAUACUGAAAACUGCUUGAUUUACUGUGGUGCAUUUUCACAAAGAUAAAUUGAAAACCUUUCUGAACACAUUUUCUGAAACAUUUAAUAUUCCUCUCACCAGAGAAUUUUUAGCUGGGUAGACAUUGCUUAGUUGAGUUAAGUAGGGGUAAAUGUAAGAAUACACACUGGAUGGAAAUAAAGUUGGUCCUGUUGCUAAUGGCUAAUGGGUACAUUGACUGUGCACAGUUUAUAAUUGUAUGCAGUGAACACUCUUGGUAACACUUCUUAAGUGAUCAGGAAAAAAUAGUAAAAAAUGCAUGAACUGGUAAAAAAUAGUUAAGUUUGACCACAAACAAGUGGCGUGAUAUGAUGGAAUUGUGAAUUGAGUACACACCGAGCCUCUUCGUAAAACAUACAUGUAAACAAAAUAAGACACAAGUUAGAAAAUAAAGUGAACGAUUCAGAGGUUAUGUUUCAAGUUAAUAUGAUUUUCAAGUUUUCACAGAAGUUCAGAAUCUUACCUAUUGCAAGUCUGGAGAUGUGUGUGGGUAUUUCAAAUCAGUAUUUAUGUCUUUCUUUAAUUUGUAAAAUGCCUGCCAACAGUAAGAGACUCAAGGAGCAGGCACAACAAAUAUACAAAGACACAACGUGUACGAAAGGACAACACAAAAGAGAGAAAAGAUAAAACACUUGGAUAGAUACAUUAAUUAGUUAAACAUUUGCAGAGAAGAUUACAACCAGAAAGUAACUAAAAUAAAAACAGAGUAAUGAAUAACAGUAAAGCAGAAUUAAUAGGCUACUGGCUACUUAACUAAAUUGCGUGUUUUUUUCAUUAAAGUAUGUGAGUAAUCUAUAAAUUUGGUCAAUGUUCUUAUGAAGGGUACACAGGAAAGAUUGCAAUCGACUGCUAACUUGAGGGACACGUAAACCAUUAUUGUCAAGUAUAUAAUUGCAUUUGAUUUUGUGAUUCUAACAUUUUUGAAUAAACACAGCAUCUAAUUGAGUUCUGUGAUCAGAAAGGAAAUUGAAGGAUGGAUUUGGAAGAUUCUUAGGAGUAAUUAUUUUAGUUAUUUUAUUCUGUAUACUUUCAAUUUUAUUACUGUUAGUAGUAUUUAUGUUAUUCCAGGUUGAGCACUAUUCCAGUUCUGAUUAAUGCAAAAUAAAGUGAAAGGGUUGAAUCAGAAUUAGUGGCAUAAAAAGUGAUAAAUUUAAUUAGGGCAAGGAUUCUACAAGAAGAAGAAUAUAAAAAAAUCUACAUGUUUAAUGAAAAUACAAUUUAGAAUCUAAAAAUAUUCCAAGAUCUUAGAUACUGGAUGUUUUACAAAUUUAAUAAUUAUCUUUUUUAUAAACAUAAUUGACAGGAUGAAGUUGUCUGGUAAAAGUAAUAAUGUUUGUUUUUUUAAUAUUGAGGAAACCAUGUUCCUUGUGCACCAGUUACUUCAAUAUCAUUAUUUAAAUGCUUGGUGUGCAAAAUGUUAAAUGUACAUGCACAAUACAUUUGAUACCGAGUUCAAUGAAAUACAUGUUCUUUUAGGCAUGUUUACUUAUACAGUAUUAGUAUUAUUUCCGCCUUGAUAAAUCAUGUUUACAUCUAGUGAUAUUUGAUUUUCUGAUUCCUAGUAUGAAUCUUUAAUAUUGUAUGUUCUAUGUGUAGCAUGUAGUCUGAAUGUUCUGUAAUACCGUUUUGGUGUUUUUUGCUGUCAGUGGUGGCAUGUUCAAGUUCACUUAUAUUUUAUAUAUAGCCACAUUCUCUGUUAUAGUCUAAUUUAUAAUUGUAAUAUCCGUUACUUUAUUGCUUGGUUUUUAUUUUUUACGAUCUCUAGUCAGUUCUAUUUUUUUUUUUUUUUUUAGAUUUGUUAUUUUAUUGUGUUGUCAGGCUUAGCAACUUUAGCACUUUGUAUUUGUGUUAUUAUUUAUAUUCCACUGUUACCUCACUGACUACCUCAUUACUGCUGGGCUUAUGUUUUUUAAACUUUCAUCUUAAUAUUCCUUUUCAUUCUCAACCAUCCAAAUUGUUUAGUUGUGUUGUUACAGCAUUUUUUUUGUCUCAUAUUGCUCUCAUCCCUAUAUGCCUAACUUCAAUUGUUUAUAAAUAUAUUAUAUUAGGCCUCUUACUCGUAAUUGUUAAAGUCAGCUUAAAUAAAUUGGAGUGUGUUAUUUGUGUGCUAAUUGUAUUUUUGCUACUCUUAUGUGUUUUCAAUAAGAAAAUUAUCGUAACGAAUUUUGUAUAUACCCUAACAAACGUACUGUAAAUUCUACUAUGUGUAAUUUUGGUGUGUUUAAUGGUGCCACAUUGGCUCAAAUUAUCUGUAUAGUGUUCAUGUAUUCUUUCUGUGGUGGCAGCAACUAUACAGGGCAUGUUGUGUUGGUCUCUGUGUCUCUGUGUUGGUGGUUAUUUAGUACAAUUAAAUACAUAGGUGAAAUGUGUUCUUCCCUGGAGAAGUUGGUAGGCUAUGUAUACGUAUGUACAGUAAAACAUUGGUAAGAUGUUUUCUAAUAUGACUGCUCCACGAAAUAAUAAGCUACAAUAAAAUGUUUUCAAAUUUUUGAAUCACCAAUUUAUUAAUAUAAAAGUUUGUAAUGAAAUGCCAUGUUUGGUUUAUGUACUUUGCACAUUUACUACUAUAAGAUGCUGAAAUAAAUAACAUCAUUGGAUUACUUAUCAAGGAACAUAUGGAAUACAUAUAUAGGAAACACAUUGAAUAAAUAUAUAACAUAAUAAAUAAAACUGGAAGAAUAUAUUACCUGCAACAUUUGAGAACAAGAUGAUAAAACAAAGACUUUUGUAACUGACAAUUUUUGAACAGUCAUCUGUUUACAGUUCUUUUGUAACUGCAAAAGAAUACAAUUUUCAAAGUUCCACAAGCUUUUGCAAUUUUCGGUUGUGUCCAAACAUUUUGGUUUUGUAGUUGCAGCCACUUCUUCAGCUUUACUUUUAUCACUGUCUUUGUGUUUGUCAGGGAGACCUUCAUUGCUCAUUUCUUUGGCUGGCACACGUCUUUACUUCAACAUAAACACUCACAUAGUUAUCAAAACUAAUAGUCAUUUGUUUGGAUACAAUAGUUUUCCAUGCACUGCUGGGCUUAGCAUCUUCAGGUAGAGGUGGGUUGUUACAGCAAUUUUCGGUAUCUGUUCCAACCAGUUACUGAUACAGUAAUUAACUGGUUACAAGUAACUGAUACUUCUGUAUCAGCUACAGCAGUAGCGGUCCCAGGAAGCAACAAGGUAUCAGCAUUCUCGUUACACGUUACACAUCCUCCGUGCCGUCAUCACCAGCGUAAAAAGGUAUCAGUUUUCUCUUUCCAAGUUCUUCGUAAAAAGGUAUCAGUUUUCUAAUUCUACAUUCUUCGUAGUCGAAAAAAGGUAUCUGUGUUCUCUUUCCACACCUUUCGUAGUCUGAGUCUUCAGUCUUCGCAAGAAGCACGUACUGCACACUGAGCGUACUUUGAUAUGGGACAAUAAACAAAACGACUCUUAACAAUUUCGCUCUGCGCCUCUCCUUCAACGCCUUCCCCUGCGCUUCCACCCCUACAUUCUUUCCCUUCUUUAUCCCUUAUUCGUCGUGCCGCUCUCUCCCCUUUCACAAGCUCCGCCCAAGUGACCAUCAUCUGCGAUCGGGUUCUGCGCACAUUGGCCGUGGUGGUGUUCCAGGUGGUGAAUUCUAAACUGAUACUUAAGUACUUGAUACUUGAAUAGUGUACUUGUUUGCAGUAUUUGAUACAGGCGUGUAUCAGUUACAAAGUUGCGGAUUGAUACUCUGCAACCCACCUCUAUCUUCAGGACAGCUGAUGGUGUGUCAUCUGUACUGAAACCUGCAUUCUUAAAAGCAAUUGCUGAUCACGGUUGCCUCAACCGACUCUCAAGAUGCUGCUGGCAAGUGCGCAGCAUCCAGAAUGCUGAGCUUGUGUGGUGGGCAACCAGGUUACAUCCUGUGAACAAUCCUGCAGACCAAAUGCUUACUGAUCAUGUAUUUUUUGACCUUGAUUGUUCCUUCAUAGAUGGUUGAAGUACAUGUGUGGAAUUUGGUGAAACAAAAUAUGGUCAUGUUCUCCAAUUUGUGGCUGUUUUCGAAUGAGUUGGACAAUAUCUACAAACUGUAAAAUCUUUCUGUUUUUUCAUUCCAUUUUAACAUCCAAAGAAUUUAAGAACUGCCGAAAAUACUACAGAUGAUUCAGGCAUAUUUGUUAUUUGUACAGUGACAAGGAAAUGUCUUGAAAUUUUUAAAGGACCCUGGGUUUUUUGUUUACCAAAUAGUGGUGAUAGCUUUUCUGUUCCAUAUAUGUUGGUUCCCGCCAAAGAAGGCAACUUUUCUCUUCUCUGUUUGUUCCUAUGACAUAUGCUUUGUCUGGAAACAUUUUGAAGAAAAGACCAGAUUCAUCAAUGUUUAAAAGUUCCACUUAGAAAUGAAUGCAGGCAAAAGUGUGCGCUGAUUGUCAGUAUAUUCCCUUUCCACACUCGCAGAUUCUUUUCUUUUACUUUUGUUAGUUGUGUUGUGCCUGUUUGCAAAACUUUUUAUAUAACCAUGAUGCUUGAAAAGCACUACUGAUUUCAAUCACAAUCUCAGCUUUUUCUCUCGCAAGUGGGCCAUUCUGCAGAAUAUUUUUUGCUUGCUGCUGCUUAAACUACUUGAGUAGUGGUUUUUUAAUGUCUAAUAAAUAUUUUUCUAACUUUGAUGUUUGCAAUUUGAAGAUGUCUUUGUUGUUUUGUCUAAAAUUUUGUCACUUCACGAUGCAAUGAGUUCAGUGUUGAAGCCGGCAAUCCAAAUUCUUUUGCUGCACUCAGACAUGAUGCUGUUGGGUUAGAGUUAUCUUUAAUAAUUUUCAACUUUAACUUUUUGCUUUAUCACCGCCAUGUACACUUCAUAUGAAAACACCUAUAAGUAGUAAUAGUUUAAACCAAUAAAAAACAUUAACUUAUGGGAGGUUAAACUAAAUGUAGCAUUGAACUUCUCAGGAAAUAAUACCGCUUGUUUUGCAGUGCAUAAACAUUAUGAAAGUAAUAAAACUAGGGAUAAUGGGUGCAAGCUAGAAACCAAAAAAAUAAAGCAGUUUUAUGGGCUAAAGUAAGGCAUCAAUUCAGCCCUUUUUUUUAUUACUAUUCCAGAGAUGAAGAGAAGUUUGCCACCCUGACAGGGUUUAUCAAUCUGUGAUGGCUUCUAAUCAACACAAUUAAAAACCUAUAAUAACAGCUAUGCUAUGGUGCAUUCAAAUGGAUUUUGAAAUAAAUUUUAACAUCCAGAAUUAAGAUUUAUUAUUAGAUAAUCGGACUAAGGCAUCGUUUUACAUGGGAAAUCAAUUUGUUGGCCAAAUUGACAGGACCAAAGCAUCUAAGCUGAGGAAAUAUAUAUCUUAUUAAAUUCUUUCACAGUUUUACUGUACAUAAUACAUAAACAAUGUAGCCAGUAUCCUUAUGUUAAUUUACUCUGUAUUUAUAUAUGUCUAUAUAUUUACAUAUGUCUAUAUAUUUACAUAUGUAGAAUAAUAAUUAAAACUGUUCUUAUUUUGUAAAUUAUUGAUGUGUCAAAACCACUUUUCUUGAAUUCAAAUCUCGAGUUUAAAUUUAAAAGAUUGUCUCGAAUAUGAAUAUAGCUCUCAUUUGUCAGGACUAUAAUAAUAUAUUAGAAAAAUAGGCCUACUGAAAUUUUAAGUUAUAAAGAAACAUUUAACACAUUACUUUUAUUUCUAAAAUAAAAAAUAAUUAUAUGUUUAGGACAAAAACAAAUUUUUUAAGUCAAAAAUGUUUUUGGGGGUGCUAUAAACAUUCCCAGAGAAUUUUAGUUGGUGGCAGAUACAACCAUUUCUUGGAUAGCUUCUUUAGAGAUAAAUCUUAUAGACCUUGUCACCUACAUAGGUGCUAUUGUUUGAAUUUCUGAAUUUUUCUUCCUGAAAUGAUUUUCUUUUUAUCUUUUACCUCGAAUAGCAGAUCUUUUGGAUACAAAAGGAUUUGAGGAUUAUAUUGGCUCAUUCCUAAUUUAAAUGACAUGAACAAGUUACUUUUAUUAAGUUAGCUUUAAAUUAUGUCGGAAACAUUUAGUACAUAGAUAAUAGUAAAAACUGGCAGAUACAAUAGUUUUUUUUUAAUGUGUUUAAUUCUUUAAUUUAUAUAUUGAUAUUGUAAAGAUGUUAACGAUUAAAAUGGAAAAGGUCCGGUAGAGGUUUUGUAUUGAGUUUCUACCAUAACAUGAAAUAAAUAUUUUAAUAAUUGUGACAUUAACAAUGGGCAGCGUGAUGGUUUCCAUAGUUACUCUGUAUAGGUAAGCCUGUUUUAAACCUUGUUCAUUAUGUAUAACUUUUCCUUCAUGUUAAAUGACUGUAACUUGAUUGAUUAAAAAAUUAUUCACUAACUAAGAAUUUGGCUGUUUGCUUAAACAUAACUUAAUUAAAUUGUUUUUGGUGAAAUUAUUUAUCAUUAAGCAGUAGUUUUCAACAUUUUUUUCCAUGUAUUCUUACAUAGUGAUGCAAGAUUAAGAUUUAAUACUACAAACCCUAUUUAAUGUAUUUUAUAUAUUUCAUUUGUUAUGGUUGAAUUAUCUGGUAAUGAAUACGUACAUACAUACUUUUGUUUGGUUUGUGGCUGUGAACAUGAAAACAAUUACUUUUUGUAUAACAAAGAAUCCCAAAUUAGAUUGUAUACAAAAACUACCUGUAGUUACUACUGUUAUUAAGGUGUGCACAGUAUGGUCUGGUUGACAACUAUGCUAAAAUAGCAAUUAUCUGGUAGAAUACAAUGAGAAUAUAAAACAUUUUAGCUGUAGUAUAAACUGUGCAACUAUGAGAGACUACUGUAUGUUUUUGACUCUGUAAUACACAUUUGCAAAGUGUGCAUUCACUCCCCUUUUUCCCGCUUUAUUAGCUCAUGCCACUCACCUAGCUAACUGCUGGGAUUGAGCGAGUGUUUCCAAAAAGAAAUGCUGUUGCUUGCCUAUUGAUACUGUUACAAUUUUUUUUUUUCUUGUGUAAAGGAGGGCAUGGGUUAUAUAUUUCAUGUUAAUAUAUUUUUCUUACUAUUUUCUUUGCUCAUUUAAUAUCAAUAUGGUUUACAAUAAGUGCUUUUUCUUUCAAAAUUUUUCAAUGUUCUACAAUUUUGUAUUUUUGUUAAAAUUAUAAUUUUGGCAUGUUGGUGUUAAAUUUUGUACAGAAUUUGGCGACCCUGCUUGUUGACCGAAGGUUUAUGUUACAUGGAUAAAAGCUUGAGAGAACUGUUCAAGCAAAUUCUACCUUUAAUGUAGUUAUAAACACCACACAUGAAAGAUUUAUUACUGGCAUCUCACCAGGCAGUGCCAAUUAGCGGUGUAAAAUGAUUCACUGCAUGUUGAAUCAUAGUGUACUGAUUUAUAACCAUUACAACUUCCGAACUGGUGCUUGGCUAGGUCAUUUUUGGCUUGCGGCAUUAGAUAAAUGUUUGUUUGUGUAGGCUUAAGGUUUUCCCGGUAAACUGCAUGUAGGUAUUAUAUGGUAUCCUUUACACAUUAUUCCAAUAUGUAUAUAUACACACACACACACAUGUAAUUAUCAAAUCAGGUGGCUUACAGACAAGAAACACCUAUUUAAAGUCUGUUUACUGCAUUGACAGCCAUUAUGUUGUUGUUUACUGAAAUAUCACAUUUCAAAUUAUUUAGAUACAAAUUUGACAAACAAUUUGAAAAAAAGUUUUGUGGAGUAUUUUGCAUUUACAUCUGUGAACAUGUGUACACAUAAGUAAUACAUUUGGUGGGAAAUUUUUAUAGUUAAUGUUUCACUCUUUUUAACAAUAGUUUGUUAUUGUUAAACUCAAUAGGAUUACUAACAUAAGUACAAUACUUUGCGGGCUUUAGAUAUUGCAAAAUCCUGCAACUUGUUUGAGGAGUCCUAAUAAGGGUGUUGUUUGUUUCAAUAAUGUCACAGUUUUUUUUUUUUUUAAAUAUAAUUUCAUAUUAAAUAUUCUUAGUUUUAUUGUUUUGAGGAGAGAGUUAUUUUUAUAUAUUUUUUUAGGAUUGCACAUAGCUGGGAUAAUUGGUAGCGAGUGAGGCACAUGGGAGGAGCAGUGAAUUGCUUGGGAUUCCCUGUCUUUCGUCAGCGCGUGCAAGCGGGUGUGCUUGGCGAGGGGAAGGGAGGGGGUUCGGUUGGCAUGAUGCAGGCAUGCCACCAAGCUAGUCUGUGAUUGGAUGGGAGGUCCACGGUCACGUGCUUAGUCUGAGAUUGUGCUAGAUAAUGGUAUGACUGCCGCAUGUUCUGGAGCUCGCAGCAAAGUGUUUGCACAUGUAGCUGUUGGAAAGGCUUUCGCUAGCACUAUAGGAUAUAGUUGAGGGUGUUUUCUUUGUUUUCUUUCCUUUUAUUUAAGGAUUUUUGGGCCACAUAGCAGACAAGAGUCUUGUUGCUGCUGUGAUGCUGGCUCUAUCCUCGUGUAGGUAAUACUUUAUGGCUGAUUCCGUUGGGGUAAACUUUAACUUGGUAGGCCGAGUUCAAUGAUGGACCAUGAAUAAUAUCUACCUUUUGUUAUCAUUACAGUGUAGGUUAUUUUCUGCAGAUUAGUCAACAUGAGAAAAAACACAGGGUCGUACUUAAUUCCAAAAAAAAAAAAAAUUUGUUUCUACAGGGGUUAAUGAUGAGAUUUAUUUGAUAUUUAGAAAGGAUAUCUAAUUCAUAGCUAUACGUAAAAAGAUAGUUUCAGUGGUUUUGGGAGUCAUUUGUUAUUCAUUGCAUGUGAACUACGACGGAAGCUUCUUUCACUGUUUAUUUUUAACAGCUAGGGGCGUUAGUGUUGUCUAGCAGCUGUGACCAAGUUAUUUCUUCUUUUAUUAUGUCUUUGAAAGAAAGCAUAUCAAAUGUUAAUUAUUUACUCAAGUUUAUUUAGAUUUAAAAUGUUUACUGUUUUUAUAUUUUUUUAAAUAUUUUUUUUAGAAAGAGAGAAAAAAAUGGAUUAUUGUUUGUUAGAAAACAUACAUCAAGUCUUGCAUUUUUUUUGUGGAGAUAUGGUUAUUUUUGUAGUAGCAAUUACAUGAACCAAACAUAUUUUCCACAGAUUAUUUUACUUCUUGCAGACAUGUGAUACAGGGUGUAUUUUAGCUACGUUUUCUACUGCCCCAAAUGUUAAGCGUAAGUCCUUCAUGAAUGUGUUGUGACAAUAUUCGUUGAAGUGAUUAGUAUAGUUAAAAAUUGAAGGGCGUCAUGAUAGUGUGCUCCAUUUGUUGAUGGAACAUUUACUUCUUGCCAGUGGCAAUGUUCCUUUUCUGUAUGCCACAAGAAUUUCUAAUACUACAUAAAGGUUUUGUGAUAUAUAUUUUAUGUUUUUACUUGGCAGUUAUUUUUCUAAGUGUUUAUUAUAAAUUGUAUUUUUUGGGAACUGUACAGUAAUGUUUUUGAAGAGUUUUAUUAAUUUUAAGGUAAUCUUAAAUUAAGUGUUUUGUGGUGGUUACAUGAAGUAAUAACCAUGUUUUGUGUUGGAAUUGUUGCACGUAAUAAAAUAUCUUGGGGUCUA